AGUUUCGAAGCGCUUCAUUUGAAGCGACCAUUCUCUCUCUCCCCCUCUCCCCCCCCCCUCUCUCGUCCAUCAAUGGCGGCGAAGCUAUCUAGCUGCUUCUUGAGCUAUGGUUUAACGGGGCUUACUUGCAACAGGGAACAAGGAAGUCCCCGAUUCUUCCUCGUUCCUUCGCGUCGAUUGCUUCCCGCUUCUUGCAAGAUGCGACAACGUGGUUUCGACUCCAGUAAAAGACAAGAAAUCAAGAAAGGAACCCCUGAAUCAGUCCCGGUGAAUUCGGAUUUUCAGCGCAGCCGUGAUGAGGAACCCGGACCUGAAAAUGAUUCUGCAGACAGUGUUCCAAUCCACAGGUUAGACGCUGAAAAGGAAGUUGGUAUUAAUGCCUCAUCACAAACUAAGCAAGUGGAUGAAUACCCUGGAAAGAAAGACAGUACACAAACCAUCGAAGAAAGUCAGCUUAGAAGUGAACCUGCAGAGGAGGAGCAUACUCACGCCACCAUAGAUGAUGAACAUGGAGGUCGGGAGGACUUGAGCAGUAUAACUGUUCCUGAAGUUUCGAAAGCUCUGGCCAUAAACAGAGGUGGAGGCGAGCAGCUUUCCGGUGAUCAACUUGAGGAACUAAUGUCCAUGAUAAGAAAUGCAGAAAAAAAUAUUCUUCUCCUUGACCAAGCACGUGUCACUGCCCUUGAUGAUCUUCACAAGAUUCUCAGUGAGAAGGAGGCAUUGCUAGGAGAGAUCAACAUAUUGGAAAUGAAAUUGGCCGAGACUGAUGAAAGGAUUAGAGUUGCUGCCCAGGAGAAAGUACGUGUGGAGCUUCUUGAAGAACAACUGGAGAAGCUCCGUCAUGAAAUGGUUUCCCCUCCAGGAACCAAUGGUUAUGUUCAAUUUCUUAGCGAAGAGCUAGACUCAUUGAGAACAGAGAAUCUUUCUUUGAAAAACGACAUAGAGGUACUUAAGGCACAUCUCAACAAAGUUAAGGAUACAGAUGAACGUGUAGUUAUGUUGGAAAAGGAGUGCUCGGGUCUGGAAUCUUCUGUAAAGGAGUUGGGGUCUAAAUUAUUAGUUUCUCAAGAAGAUGUAUCGAAGCUUUCUACACUUAAAGGCGAAUGCAAGGAUUUAUGGAUGAAGGUAGAGAAUCUGCAGCUGUUGUUAGAUAGAGCCACUAAACAGGCAGAGCAAGCCGUCAUAGUCUUGCAACAAAAUCAAGAGCUUAAGAAAAAGGUUGAUAAACUCGAGGAAUCCCUUAAAGAGGCCAGUCUUUAUAAAGUAUCAUCAGAAAAUAUGCAACAGCAUAAUGAGCUUAUGCAACAGAAGAUAAAGUUACUUGAGGAGCGUCUUGAAAAGUCUGAUGCAGACAUAUUCUCAUAUUUUCAGCUGUACCAAGAAUCUAUACAAGAAUUCCAAGAAACACUUGAAAACUUGAAGGAAGAAAGCAGGAAAAAAGCUAUAGAUGAGCCAGUCAAUGAUAUGCCCUGGGAUUUUUGGAGCCGUUUACUACUAGCCAUUGAUGGAUGGCUGUUUGAAAAGAAAAUAGCAAGCAGUGAUGCAAACUUACUGAGAGAAAUGGUGUGGAAGAGAGACAGAAGAAUUCAUGAUACAUAUAUCGCAUGCAAAGAUAAAAAUGAACCCGAAGCCAUCUCUGUGUUCCUCAAGCUAGUGUCAUCACCGACGAGUCCAGGGUUAUAUGUUGUUAACAUUGCAGCUGAGAUGGCACCAGUAGCUAAGGUGGGAGGUUUGGCGGAUGUUGUGACGGGUCUUGGUAAGUCAUUGCAACGAAGAGGACAUCUAGUGGAGAUUAUUCUUCCCAAGUAUGACUGCAUGCAGUAUGAUCGUAUUCGGGACCUAAGGGCCCUAGAUAGUGUUGUGGAGUCAUAUUUCGAUGGGAAGCUUUAUAAAAAUAAAAUCUGGGUUGGCACCGUCGAAGGUUUGCCCGUAUAUUUUAUCGAGCCUCAUCAUCCAAACAAAUUCUUCUGGAGAGGACAGUUUUAUGGGGAGCAUGAUGAUUUUAAACGCUUCUCGUAUUUUAGUCGUGUUGCGCUUGAAUUGCUUCUUCAUGCCGGCAAGAAACCUGACAUCAUACAUUGUCAUGACUGGCAAACAGCUUUUGUUGCUCCGCUUUACUGGGAUCUAUAUGCUCCAAAGGGGUUGAAUUCUGCAAGAAUAUGCUUUACAUGCCAUAAUUUCGAGUACCAAGGAAAUGCACCUGCUUCAGAAUUGGCAUCUUGUGGACUUGAUGUCAGCCAACUAAAUAGACCAGACAGGAUGCAGGAUAAUUCUUCCGAAGAUAGGAUCAAUCCUGUUAAGGGAGCAAUAGUUUUCUCAAACAUUGUGACAACCGUUUCCCCUACUUAUGCUCAAGAAGUUCGAACAGCCGAGGGCGGAAGAGGACUCCAUUCAACACUCAAUUUCUACUCGAAAAAGUUCAUCGGAAUUCUUAAUGGCAUUGACACAGAUGCAUGGAAUCCUGCCACUGAUCCUUUCCUCAAGGCCCAGUAUAGUGCUAAUGAUCUUCAAGGGAAAGAAGAAAAUAAAUAUGCGCUUAGGCGGCAACUGGGACUUUCAUCAUCUACUGGAAGACGACCUCUGGUUGGUUGCAUUACAAGAUUGGUCCCACAGAAAGGAGUGCAUUUAAUCAGACAUGCAAUAUACCGAACGGUAGAGUUGGGUGGACAGUUCGUCCUUCUUGGUUCUAGCCCAGUCCCUCAUAUUCAGAGGGAAUUUGAGGGUAUAGAGCACCAGUUUCAGAAUCAUGAUCAUGUACGCCUGAUACUGAAGUACGAUGAAUCUCUUUCUCAUUCAAUCUAUGCAGCAUCAGAUAUAUUCAUCAUUCCUUCAAUAUUUGAGCCUUGCGGGCUUACACAGAUGAUAGCCAUGAGGUAUGGCACCAUACCAAUCGCCAGGAAGACCGGUGGCUUGAAUGACAGUGUCUUUGAUGUUGAUGAUGAUACAAUACCGAUGCAGUUCCAGAAUGGAUUCACGUUUACUACUGCUGAUGAGCAGGGGUUGAAUUAUGCUCUGGAGCGUGCGUUUAAUCAUUACAAGAACAAUGCAGAAGGUUGGAAACGACUUAUUGAGAAGGUCAUGAACAUAGAUUUCAGUUGGACAUCGUCGGCUACUCAGUAUGAGGAGCUUUACGCGAGAUCAGUUGCCAGAGCAAGAGCAGCAGGAACAAAUCGCACCUGAGCUAUUAGAGCCAAACCUUUGUUCUUCCCCCAGAGACAGAGAAAGUGUCGAUAGUCAUUGCAAUCAGACAGACGAGUAAAAACUUGGACAAAAAGGUUAGAGUCAUUCUUGUUGUACACAGUUAACAUAUUAUCUGUUCAUAAAUACGAAACCGAAUCACAUUUCUGUUACAUAGAGAGUUAUAUAUUCGUUUCACUGCUUA